CUUUGACUUUAGUUUUACUCCCGACUUUAACGCGCAUUAUUGUAUCCUCGCGUUGUAUUCGGUAGAAAAGAAAGAAAGAACGAAGAAAUGCUUGCUAAAAAUUUUCGUGCGUUGUCUAAAUGUAUUAAUCUUACACGCAAUGAUAAAUUAGAAAUAUUACAAUCAAACAUUCUACACGGAAGAGGUAAAGGCUUAAGAAACACUCUAAAUAAAACUGUCCUCUUUGUUCAAAAUCGAGGGAAUUCUCAAGAGGCAAUAAAAAAUGAGAAGAAAGAAAAAAAUCUCUCUUAUCUCUAUCAUCCUGGUUUUGUACCAUUAAUGGAUAUAACAACUGGCGAAUUAUUUGAGACAGCCGCUGAAAAAUGGCCAAAUCGAGAAUGCAUUUUUUCUGUUCAUCAAAAAAUUCGUCUAACUUACGCUGAAGUCUAUCGAAGGGCAAAUAUGCUUGCGGCUGGUUUAAAAAAAUUGGGAUUAAAAAAUGGCGAUCGCCUUGGUUUAUGGGCACCGAAUGAUAUUGAAUGGUUCAUUGGAUACAUAGCUUCAGUUAGAUUGGGUUUAAUAAUGGUUGGCAUUAAUCCUGGCUAUGAGGAAAAUGAAAUUGAAUUUUGCUUGAAGAAAGUACAAGUGAAAGCAAUUAUUGCUCCCGAAUUAUUUCGAAGGAAAAAUUAUGCCAAUAUUCUUCUUCAGUGUAAAGAAAAAUGCCCAUUUUUGGAGCAUAUUAUUAUUUAUUCGGAAAAUCAUGUGAGAGGUACUCGACUUUUAACUGACGUGGUGAAUUUACCAACAAAAAAAGAUAUUGAAGAAAUUUGUAAAGAACAAAAAACAAUUUCACCUAACGAUGGCAGUAAUAUUCAAUUUACAUCGGGAACAACUGGAAAACCAAAAGCAGCAUUUUUGAGUCAUAGAGCGCUAGUAAAUAAUUCACGACAGGCAGCUGAACGUUUUGAAUUGCACGAUAAUAAUCAUAAAAUUUGUGUAAAUGUACCAUUUUUUCAUGCAUUUGGAAUGAUAGCGCAAACAUCCGCCUGGCAUUCGGGAACAACAUUAGUUCUUCCAGCGCCAACAUAUAAUCCAGUCAAUUCUUUGGACGCAAUUGUCAAUGAAAAAUGUUCUGGUAUUUAUGGUACUCCAACAAUGUGGGUGCAACUUAUUGAUGUCACUAAGCGAGUUGGCACCUAUUUCAAUCAUAUUACAACUGGAGCGGUUGGUGGUUCACCAUGUUCACAAGAACUUCAUCGAAGAAUAAAGGACACUUUCAAUUUAGAUCGAUUGAAGUCUGUAUACGGAUUGACGGAAACGACAGCAGUUGUUUUUCAAACUUUACCAAACGAAAAAAGAGAACUUACAGAGACUACUGUUGGACAUCUUUCAGAUCAUAUAGAAGUUAAGAUAAUGGACGAAAAUGGUUCAAUUGUUCCAAUGGGAGUAGGGGGAGAAUUAUGGGUUCGUGGUUAUGCCAAUAUGAUUAGUUAUUGGGAGGAUGAGGAGAAUACCAAAAAAAUGUUAACUGAAGAUGGCUGGCUAAAAACUGGCGAUCAGUUCAUUUUAAAACCCGAUGGUUAUGGACAAGUUGUUGGAAGAUUAAAGGACAUGAUUAUCCGGGGAGGGGAAAAUAUUUUCCCCAAGGAAAUCGAAGACUUUUUGCAAACACAUCAAGAAAUAUUGGAAGUUCAUGUGACUGGAAUAAAUGACGAUGUUUAUGGAGAAGAAGUUUGUGCGUUUAUUAGAUUAAAAGGGGGAUCGAAAUUAACAGCAGAAGAGUUGCGUAAUUGGUGUAAGGGAAAAAUUGCACAUUUCAAAAUUCCAAAAUAUUUUGAAUUCAGAAAUUCAUUUCCAUGUACGAGCAGUGGGAAAAUAAGGAAAUUUGUACUCAGGGACGAAUAUGAAGCUGAACUUGCGUCUAAAUGAAUGUAACAAACAAUGUAAAUUUUCGAAAAUUGGUUACUUUAUUGUAAAGAAGUAAAAAUCGUUCUUGUCAAAUUUCCAUUUUUGCAGAAGAGAAGUUUGAAAAAUGAAAAUAAUUAUUUUUAUAAAUUAUUUUUGGUUUUAAGUAAUCCAUUAUUAAUACAUAAAAACCCCCUAGAGCGUUGUUUGCUUUUGUAUUUAUGUAAUUUUUUAAAAAAUAAAAUUACGAAUUUUUUUAGAGA